UGGGCCGCGUCGGCGCCCAAGGAGAAGCUGCACAAGACCGCCGUGGAGCUCGCGCCUUUGGGCCACAACGGCGUCGAGGUCAAGGUGACGCACUGCGCGAUCUGCGGCAGCGACGUGCACCUCCUCGAGGCCGACGGCGGCUACGCGGACUUUGGCGCGUGGCCGAAGAAGCAGGUCUGCGGCCACGAGAUCGUCGGCAAGGUCACGGGCGUCGGCGCGGGCGUCGGCCACCUCGCGGUCGGCCAGCGCGUGGGCGUCGGCUGGCAGAACGGCGCCUGCCACGACUGCGAGUGGUGCCUCAACGGCGACGAGCAGCUCUGCCCCGCGGUGUCGUGCACGUGCUGCGAGGGCCAGGUCGGGGGCUUCGCGGACUACGUCCGGCUCGCGGACGCCAGGUUCGCCUACGCGCUGCCCGACUCCCUCGACUCGGCGAAGACGGCGCCCCUGCUCUGCGGCGGCCAGACCGUGUGGACGCCCCUGCGCCAGCAGGCGAAGCGCGACGACCGCGUCGGCAUCCUCGGGCUCGGCGGCCUCGGUUCCAUGGCGCUGACGUUCGCGGGCAAGAUGGGCUUCCGCCGCGUCGUCGCCGUGUCGUCGUCGGGCGCGAAGAAGGACAAGGCGCUGGCCCUCGGCGCGACGGACUAC